UGUGUGUGUGUGUAGAUAGAUAGAUAGAUAGAUAGAUAGAUAGAUAGAUAGAUUUCAUCCAUAUAUGGUGGGUAUAUAGGUAACCAUGGUGUCUGUCCGUACUGUUUUUUUCAGUGUGCAUCAAUGGAUGCGUCACAUGACCAUUAAUCUUCAGUGCAUUUCCGCUUUCACGGCGGCCGAGCUGUUAUCAAUUGCUCUCCAUGGAGGCGUGGAGGAUUUUAGUUGAAGCAUCUCUGCUGUUUCCACCAUCCUCUCCUCCGGAUGUGUCUCUUGUUUCCGCACUGAAUCAAUGAAAGCGUAAUCAUCCUCGGAUUGCCUCAUCCUCCUCCUCCUCCUCCUCGUCUUCUUCGUCCAGCCCUUCGUCGAUCAAGCGCGGCCGAGCUGGGGGGGAAUCCGGGGAAAGGUAGCCGCGGCGCCCCGCACCGGCCGACGGACACCCCGCCGCGACGCGCCACUAACAUGCUCACCCGUGUAAAGUCCGCCGUGGCCGGUUUCAUGGGGGGAAUCAUGGCCGGGGGUAGCUCCGGGUCAGGCGGCAAUACCGGAUCCGAGCUGCCGCUGAAAUUCCCAUAUAUGAGACCUGAUUUCCUUGGACUGUCCCCGGAUGAGAUCGAGUGCUCUGCUGAUCACAUAGCUCGGCCCAUCCUCAUCCUGAAGGAAACCAGGAGAUUACCGUGGGCCACCGGAUACGCUGAGGUUAUUAAUGCUGGUAAGAGUGCGCUGAAUGAGGACCAGGCCUGCUGUGAGGUGGUAGUAGCAAGAAGGAGGCCAAUGAGCUACUGCCCUCCCUCCACACCCACCAAGACCCCCACCGCCAAGAGACGCAAUUCCUUGCCCAACGGAGAGGGCCUAGGGCUCCGUAUGGAGCACAGCACACUAGGAGAGGAAAGCGAAGGACUCGUGUUUCACUACUGGGCUUUGUUCGACGGUCACGCAGGUUCAGGUGCGGCAGUUGUCGCCUCCCGCUUGCUACAGCACCACAUCGCCUGCCAGCUUCAGGCCGUCAUAGAGAUUUUGCGCAACUUGGCAUCUCCACCCCCCACCGUGCUGGGCGAGGAGCCAGACUGUAAUCCCUACCUCCAGGGAAACACUCCUCACCGUGCCCUGACCCGGGCUGCUUCCCUGCGCGGGGCCACAGGUGCACCAGGCUCCUCUUGUAGCACCCCGCCUCCACCACGCUUUUUUACUGAGAAGAAGAUCCAGCACGAGAGCCUGGUGAUUGGAGCCAUAGAGAACGCCUUCAAAGAGAUGGACGCCCAGCUCGAGAGGGAGAAGCAGGUUUUUAACAUCACAGGAGGAUGCACGGCUCUCACUGUGGUUUACCUCCUAGGAAAGCUUUUUGUUGGGAACGCAGGUGACAGCAGGGCUAUCAUUAUUAGAAACAAUGAGAUCAUUCCCAUGUCGACAGAGUUCACACCAGAGUCAGAACGACAGCGACUCCAGUUCCUGGGUUUCAUGCAGCCUCACCUGUUAGGAAAUGAGUUCACGCACCUGGAGUUCCCCCGGAGAGUUCAGAGGAAGGAGGUGGGCAAGAGGAUGCUCUACAGAGACUUCACCAUGAACGGAUGGGCUUACAAGACGAUCGAGGAUGAGGAUCUCAAGUUUCCUCUUAUAUACGGUGAAGGGAAAAAGGCGCGGGUGUUGGCCACCAUCGGUGUGACGCGCGGACUCGGUGACCACGACCUCAAAGUUCAUGACUCCAACAUCUUUAUCAAGCCGUUCCUGUCCUGUUGCCCUGAGGUGAAGGUGUAUAACCUGACACAUUAUGAACACGGAGCUGAUGAUGUGCUCGUGAUGGGAACUGAUGGCCUCUGGGAUGUCCUUUCCAACCAGGAGGUGGCUGAAGCCGUCACCACCUUUCUAGCUAACUGCGACCCUGACGACUUGCACAGGUAUACAAUGGCAGCACAGGAUUUGGUGAUGCGAGCACGAGGUAUUCUGAGAGACAGAGGCUGGAGGAUCACCAAUGAACGUCUGGGCUCCGGAGACGACAUCUCAGUCUUCAUCAUACCUCUCAUGUACGGCAACCGCCAGCCCUGAGGAGCAUUCCAGCGAUGCUAUGGUUCAGUGAUGAGAAGGGCCUGUAGACUCAGCAGGAUUGAUUAGUCCUGAACUCAGAGUCCCCUUUUAGUUUUCUUAUUUAUUUGCUUCCUUAGAAGAAGGUGGAACAUUAAUUUGUUGGUGCUUCAUUUCUCUAUGGGAGUUCAGGAUUGAUCGGCUCAGGGGAACUACAGUCAGCAUCGCCAUGUUAGUUUAUUAAGACUCCACAGUCAUGAAAGCUUAAACCGUAGAUAAUUUUAAGUCACUAAAUCAUGUCAUGAAUAAACAAUGUCAAGAAAUAACUUGCCUGGCAAAACUCAAAUAAGCAAAUGCUUUUCCGAAGUGAAGAAGAGCUUUCUCGCUCUUUCCCUCCCUCCUCUUACCUCUUGUGCUAUACAAUUCUGGGCUCCUCCUCCUACUAUUCCCCUCUCUUUAGUUGAUCCUUCCUUCUCUUGUAGGCUAUUGUAUAUUUAACUUGUUUAUAUAUAUAUUUAAAAAAAAAGAAUACCUCCUUUGUCUUGUGAAAAUGGACCACGCUGACAUGUCAGCUGCAUUUUCCGUUUUGCCACAGUGUGGCUUUAAAGGACUCACUUGCUGAAGAACUGUUUCAAGUUUGCCGAAGAAAUUAAAGAAGUGUUGAUAUGGGCACAGAACAAGAGGUUUCCACAUUUCCAAAAAAGUCAUUAGAGGAUCUUAGCCUUUAUCGAUCGAGAGUUGAGACAGAAGGUCUGAUGUGGUUUAUGAACAAACAAACACAUCUGCACAGCAAAAAAUAAAAAGUUCACUGUGACAAGUCAUUUAAUCCAGUAACAAGUCGCCAUGUUUUACUAAAUGUUUUAUUAAAUGAUUUUCUUUUAGAUAUAUUCUUAGAUAUUUAGACUUUUGUUAUUUUGUUUCUCCUCUCUAGCCAUUAAAUAUGAAGCUAAAAAUCAUAGUUCAGCUUAACGAAGGAUAAGAAAUACUUUGGGUGGGGACCAAAAUGCAACCAAACUUAUUGUGACCGUAUGUAAUAAGUUAAUGAUCUUCUUACCUUUAAAAUUGUUGCUUUGAGGAUGGGGACAGCAUCUGUGACCACUAGCAAUCAGCCAUUUUCUUGACUUUGAAUCAUCAAGAUAUUGAUGAACCGCCAAUGAGAAGGAUUCAGUCUGCCAUCAGAUUGAAUUGGUGCAAGUUGGGAAUUAUGUGUGCAGUCUUUGAUAAAACCUGUUGGAAAUUUGUUGCUGUCAACAUGCAACAUAUACAUGAACUACUUGCAUUGAGAAAUUCCUCCAUAAAUAGCGGCGCAGUUGCUGCAGGACAGCGAUGUAACUGCAAAAUAACAUAGCAGGUUUACCUCUAUCUUACUUGCCUCCGAGUGGUCAAUUGGUUGCCGCCACUUGCAAUUACCAGGCUACUAUCCAUCUUUUUUUUCUCUCCUAGUCGCAGUGAGGUUGCCGUCCUAUUUUUACUCUAGCGUGGCUAAACCAUAAGUCGUAAGUGGUUUCUAUCUACUGAUUUGGAAAAUAAACAUUUUUUAAUAUAAUUUAAAAACCUUAAAUUUUUAAAUUUGGGAUUUGGUUUGAUUUCUCUUAAGGUUAUAAAUAACUGGUUUAACAUGAGAUUAAAUGACUUGUACACCGGUGCAUUUGCACUUUAGGCCAACCCAUAUAACUCACUGAAGACCCAUGGUACGAUGAAGAAGCAAAUAUUCCCUGCAGCAGGGACGAUUGAAUAUAAUUCAUAACUGUAGUUUUAAAAAGAAAAAUCAUGAAGUACAAUCAAGGUUGAAUCUGAAAGCUUUUGUUUUGUUUUGGGGUUUUUUGCAUGUGUCUUGCUUUAGAUGCUUCAUCAAAAUACAGAUGAUGUUGCCUUCAGGGGGACGGGUUUGGGUGAAAUGUGUUACCGUGAGUGGAUGUAGUGGACUGUGUGUCAGUGCAUGCUGUAGCAUAAUGUAGGCCUGGGAUUAUGAGCAAUGGUGCGAUGGUUUGAAUUACUGUUUGAUUUAUAUAGACUAAAUGGGAACUGGUGACAAUGUUAUUUGUUAAUGUGCAACAAUCAUGCAUAUAUUAUUGAUUAUAUAUUAUUCCAGACAUUUGGCAUAAGACCCAAAGGAUGAGAACAGCCACGAAGAAAGGGAACAAAAUGAAACAAUACCAAUGGCUAUAUAGGAAACCAAAUCAUUUUUUCUUUUUUCCAUAUUUCUUUCUUGUUUUUUAGUUUUAGGAAGUAGCAGAAGAAAUGAAGUAGUUUGUGAUUUAGAAACUUUAAAGUUAUCUCAAAAUUUUAGGUUUUUAAUCUCAAAAUUUUUAUUUGUAUGUAGAAAAUUGAAAUUUUGAGAUACCUAACUUGAAAUUUAGAAUAAUUUUGAUGAAAUUUUGACAAACUAACCAAAAAUUUUGACUUGCAUAUAGGGGGGAAAAAAGUGGUGGAAAAACUGACUUAUGUUUCACUCCAAGCUGUUGAGGCGAACAAACAAAUGUGUUUUAGAAGACUUUGAAAAAUUAAACAUCAUCUUAAAUAAAUAAUUUAUCUUCACCGUAAUUGAUGUGUGCGGUUUUGGAAUUAAACCGGUGUAUUUAAAAGUUGACUGCAAAGCUGGAAAAUGUAAUAAGAGGGUGACAAGUAUAAAGAAGUCAUUUGUUAAUAAGUAAUGUCCUGAAUGAUGUUAGAUAAUUGAGCUGGAUGAGAAGAAUAUUGGUUAUUCCUGUGUGUAUGGUGCAUAUGAAACUACAGCUAGCAGCUAUCUAGCUUUAUUUAGCACUGAGACUAGAAAAUCAAAUGCUGCUGAUCUUUACUGAUACUAUAUUUUAUUAUUUUGAUCUGUAAAAAAGUCAGAGUAUAAAAAUUCCAGUUUUGCUUUUUCUUUUUUUUUUAACAUAUUAAAAGUUGAGAUCUGUCUUUACACGUCAAUUUCUGGCCUAGCUGUUUCUAUGCUACACUAAGCUAAGUUAAGCUAAUAGUCUCCUAGCUGUAUCUUUAAGAUUUUCUCGUGGGAACUGGGUGUGGUAUUGAAACAUCGCACUUCAUUCUUCCUCAGACUACAUACAUGCAAAUUACUCAAAAUUAUUUUGUGUCACCAUACAUGUACGCAUGCUAUUUGUCAUGCUAUCUUGCACAGUGUUUGCAGCUGAUGACAAUUAUCUACCUUUUCCUCCAAGAAGCAGUCAUUGAUGUUUACCUGAACUUUGCAUGGUGCAUUUUCCCCUCUUAUACAUUCCAUUAACGAAAUAUUUCAAUGUUAAAUUAUGUAUUGAUGAAAGAAAAACCUUUCUAAUCAGUGGUUAUUUUCCUUCAUACUUUACUUUUCGACUUAAAUGUUUUUGAUGCUACCAGAUCUUCAGCAUCUGAUGUGUGCAUCAGUAUGUGUUUUGAAUGUUCAUCCUUCUACCUGUGCUCUAUGCUCUUUAUUAUUGUCAUUAAGCCUUUUUCUCUUAAACGAAUGUGGAAACUUGAGUAUAUAUUUUAUUUUUCUCAUCCUAUUGUACCACCCAACUACUGCACAUCAACUCAGGUUCAACUGUCAUGUGUCGAUAACGACCUGUUGAGAGUGAUUUUCUAAAGACAGGGAGUGCUCUGUGAUGGUCUUGGUUCCACUGCAUUUGUAAAUAUGUGGGAGUGCAUUGGUGUGUACAGGAAGCUCUUAGACUUGAUCAGCUUAGUCCCUUCAGCCAACUGUGGGUCUCGCUUUCUGAACUUGCUGUAUUGUGAACCUUGUCAUUGCUGUUGUUUUUUUUCUACCUAACACUACUAAUGGUUAUAGAAAGAUGCAAAGAGCUGAUUUCUUUUUUCUGUAGCAAAGAGGAAUUUUGAAGCCCAGUGGAAAACCAUUCUAAGUGACCAUUGUGCUACCCUCAAACUCUGUUUGUGAAUGUGAACUGCACAUUUUAUAUAACGUGAAAAUAACUUAUGAGGUCAAAAAGAAAUAUUUUUAAUGUUUCCUUGUGCAACUCUUGGACUUUUGGGGGGGAGUGAUGUUUACCUGCAGUGUUUCUUUUCCAGAAAUAA